AUGGAGAACAGCACCUCUGAAAACAGACUGAGGGAAGUAGUAGAUGAAUUAUUCCCACAAGCUGAGAGUUAUAACUAUAGUGAUCUGAUCCUUUUAUGUGAGCGUGGGUUUUUGAAUCAGGUUGUUCAAAGUUGGUCAUAUUUCGCGCAAGUUAAUAACCAUGUUAGGUUUGGUAAGUUGACAAACCUGCUUUUUAAGACAUUAGUGGUGCUGGGACGUGAUACCAGCAUUGAAAUCCAUGGUUCUGCUCUGAUUAAGUUGAUCUUAGAGCAAUAUGCGAAGGUAAUGUAUAGAGGGUUGAGUUCAAUGAGAAGAGGUAACACAAUUCCUACUCUAAAACUGAUGAAACAAAUUAUACACUUCGGUGAAGGCAAGCAUCUUCAAGACUUUUUAAGUUACUUUGAUCUCAAAUUAUCUAUAAUUCCUAAAAUUUUAACGCCUUCUAAAGCAGAAUUAAAUGAACCAACAGAUGCUCCAUCUUAUAGAGAAUACUUCAUCAGCUUUUUCAUUGAACUGAUCGCAAAGGCUCCAACUAUCAUAAGAAAGGAUAUUCUAAUGGACAAUUAUAAAAUUCUUAGUGCGUGGUUUAAGUUUAUGGACAAGGCCGAUAGCCACGAAAUACUCUUACAGACAAUCACAUUGUUUAUCAACUCAAUAUUAUUAGAGCCAAGUUUCAAGAAGAUGACUAAAACGAAAGUCUUGAACGAAAUGGUUCUCAUGAAGCUGCACACUCUAUACUAUGCUGGCGACAAAACUCUGAAAAAGAAAGUCAACGAAUUCUUCAAAAUUUAUGGUUCAGAUCCAGUGCACUCAGUUGCAUUCACAGAUGAUUGCGUAUGGUUCAAAACUUCUCCAUAUAAUAAUGAUCAAAAAGGUGUUACGAUUACAAUAAACCAAAGGAACUUUACCAUAUAUAACAAAUUAUUAUUCAACCUAUUGAAAAUAUUCAAGCCCUGGGACGAUGUUAUGCAGACUAAUACUGUGGUAAGCAUUUUAAAAAAUGUUCCUGAAUUGGUAGCUCCAUAUUCUCAUUACUUGCUCUCAUUAGGAAACCAUGAUCCUAAUAUCACAUCCUACUGGUCUGGUUUGACGUUGUUAUAUGGAAAAAUCAUACGUUUAGAUAUACCCAAAUUUAUGACUGUAGUCGAAACUGAUGAGGUUCCCGAUGCUACUAUUGUAAUUGAGAGCAUCAUUCCAGCCCCACUUUCGAAAGGGUCUAGUACAAAAACUCUUCAAUACGAUAACUAUUUAGUUAAGAUGAUGGGAGCACAACUUCUUGUAUUUUCAUUCCAAAAACUAAGAAAAGUGUUUGAUCUAUAUGAAAUGAAGGGCUGGUCAUCAAAGAAGUUAGAACUAAGCUCAUUGUUCUUGUCCAGGAUCCCCGAAAUGGCUGUCAUAUCAAAUGCACUAAACCAAGUGUACUCGAACUCUCCAAAAAAACUCAUAUUACUACUAACAUUAACCAUGAUAUUACGCGAGUAUGCUGAAUUAUUCCCAAACUUGUUUUCCUUGAACUUGCCUUCUUCCAAUAUAUUUAUGGAUAUUUUAGCAAAGGAAUCUUUCAAUGAAAUAGAAUUUGCAAUUCUGGAUAACUUUUUGAAAUUCCAACCUUACUGUGGGUCUCAAACUAAGUGGUGGACUUCUACUGAAUCCCAAAGAUCUCUUUUCACAUCAAUGAUUUUACUAGGCGCUACUAAGGAUCUAUCCAUCAGAAAAAAGGUCGAAACCCUUUUGGAUGGUCUAAUUAAGAAUACAAUCAUCUUCAGCACUGGAUUAAUUAAACCCAUAGCAGCAUUAAUUAACAGUCUAGAAGCUGUCUGUAAGACAGACUCCAAUGGAGAACAGAUAAAUAAAAUUGCCACAUUAUUAGAUUCAUCUAUCAUGAGAUGUAUCAACACACCCUAUAAAUACUCCGAUAAAGCAACAAAUUUCAACCAGAUAUCACCAUUUAUUGUGACCCUAACUGAACAAUGGAAAUUUGUAGACAAAUCAACUGAUUAUGAUUUAGUCUUAAACUGGCUAAUGAUACUUACCAGAAAUCUAUGGGUUGUGGGUGAGUCAAGAGAUGGGAUUCUGGCACUUCUAAGAAAGGAAUUACCUGAAUCCACAGGGGAAAUCAAUGAUUAUUUCGAUAUAAAUAUCUACUCCAACAAUGAAAAUUGCAUCAAGGAAAAUGAUCAUAUACUAAAACAAAUGACCGAUCAAUCAUUCUUUCAAAUGAUUACACUAUCAAGUGUUAAAGAACUCUCAAAGGGCUCUGCCCGUAUUCCAACAUCACAGUUCGAUUGCGCUAGUCUUUUCUUUUAUCUAGAACUGAUUAUAUUAGAUGCAAACAUUGCUUUCGACAAAAUCUGUGAGCAUUCUAUAAUGAAUGCUAUUAGUAUGAUAGAUGGCUACUUACAAACGGAUGUAUCAUUUAAAAUUCAAGAUAUUACUAAUAUUGAAAAUAUUUUAAGAAUUUUAUGUACCUCUAGUGAGGAUAUGAAAAAAGGUAGUUUUGCAAUGCUGAAGUAUUUUGAUUUGUUGAUUAGCAACAACAUCAAGUCCCCAGCUUUCUCAAAAUUUAUCUUAGAUCUUUUAAACUCGUCAAAGUUCAACUACACAUCAUCAUUUACUACUUUAUUUCCUAAAAUUAUUGAAUAUCUGAAUGGUUAUGAACUUGAAAAGAUCAAUGACAAGAGCAUAUUAGCUUCCGAUCCUACAACUGCUGUGCGAAAACUAGCAACAGAAACUGACGCGACUAUAUCAUUUGAGUUGCUUGAAGCGUGUAUUGCAGAGAGCGAACAAAGUGACAAUGCAUUAUCUCUGGUGACAGUCAUCAAAGAUGGAAGGGUGGAAUGUGAUGAUAGUUCAAAAUUGAUAGCUGCUGUUAUUGACAAAACUGAAUUGUUAUCAGCUUUUUUCCAGUCUAAUUAUUUCGAUGAAAAGAAGAUAGAAAGUUAUAUUAGCGUUAUCAAUUCGCCAUCACCUUGUUUAGCAUUACAUAUCCGUGAUGUUACAAACAACCCAAUUGCGACUGAGUAUGUUUAUAAGGUGGCUGACUAUUGUAUUAAAAAUUUGAACAAUCUCACAGAUUCAGAAAUGGAAAACUUUUUGAAAAUAAUAGUAGAAGACACUGAAAUCCUAAAUCAAGAAAACCUUUUAAGGGUUUCUGAGUUUGCCUUAGAAGAAUAUCACCAUAAAUUCCGUGCAGUUAAUGUGCUUCUAGUUAGAAAUAUUGUGGCGAUAGAUGAUGCUUUGAAGAAAAAAUGGCUCACAAAAUUGGUGCUUUACAUAACUAAAUAUCUUUCUGAGAGAGAGAAUAUGAAUUUCAAUUUCAAGGAGCUCAUUAAAGCUACGGAUGACUACUUCUCAGAUUUCAAUAUUUGGGAAAAUGUAGCACCAUCACUUCUGAACACUCAAUUAGAAGUCAUACUACAAAGCAAAUGGAUAAGCAAUACCGAUAUUUUACACUACCUAAUCAAACUUACUUUGGGCUCCUCAAAAAAAAUUGCUUCCCAGAGAGUCAUUCAACUAUUACUAAACAAUGAGAACAUCACUUUAAAUGACAACAAGGCCAACUACAUUACGAAGUAUUUAACUGCUCUUUUGAUAAACAGUAUAUGCGCAACUGACAUAAAAAAUACCUGUACUACGCUAACCUUAAGAAAGUGUGUCUCCUUUUAUAGAGGAAGUCUUGCAGCCCAUGAUAGAGUUUUAUUGAAUGUCAUCGAAACAGCAGAGGCACAAACUGGCUCUUCUUGGAUCAAUGACGUGAUAACUUGGGAUUACAUUCAAAAUGCAGGUGAUGUAUUGGAUGUUGUUUCUGACAUUAAUUUGAUCAGUCAAAUAAAUGGUGGAUUUGUCGUAACGCUGAGAAAGGACUUUAUCGAGAACACUUGCAAGUUUGCUGGUCAAGUUGGUAGACCUAAUUUUACGGAUGAUAUCAGAUCAGAGCUACAGCAUAUUGAUUCAAACAACAAUGACUCAUUUUUUGAUUCAAUCAACCGGACUCCUCGCAAUGUUUUAGAAUCCUGCUAUGACCCAUACGCACUAAUGCUAAUAUCCAUACAAAAUGACGAGUUGGUACAAGCAGCCAGCCAUGCGGAAUUAAAAGAAUCUGUUAAUCACACCUACAGAAUGGACGUUCAGAAAUUUCUGGAUGCUGCUCUUUUUCAAGUAGUCAUCACUUGUCUAGCAUGGGAUGGCACAAUUUCUGAUGUGGCCAAUAUUAUUCUAAAACAACUUUUGAUCUCCCUAUCUGAAAUAAAGGAAACUAGUGAUCUCUUUAUCUUUAAACUUUUGCUUCAAAAAAUAAUAUUUAGUAUCGAACAUGCAAAAGCACGCAGCAAGAACUCUUCUCUUCCUAAAGUUGUAUUUCAUUUCAUUUCCCGGUUAAUACCAUUACUGAUGGAUCCAGCUAAUCCUCUAUACGAAAGCGCCUAUAGAUGGGUCCUUGACAGUCCUUUUAUUAGAAGUAAUGAAAUCCCACUAACUCAUAACUUUAUUGAGAUCUCAGAAUCCGGGAGUAACCAUGAGACCUACUUCAAACAAUUAGUUUGGGUAUUGGAAUCAUUGGAGCAAGGUAUCAUUGAUAAACACGACCUUGGUAUACUUAAAUCUAAAGGAGUAUUAGAUUGGUUGCUAAGUUUGCCAAACAUCAAUUGCUUAUCUGUUAGAAUUCAGGGACUAAUAUCUUCAAUAAUUUACAGACUGCAAAGAAUUGAGAAUGGUGGAGUUUCCUUAAUUACAAGAUUUGCUGGAAUAUCCUCCUUUGAAAUGCGCUCCGUAAUUCUGAAUGAUAAACUACGGGAAGCUAAGGCUAAUAUCGAAAAAAAUGACAAAAAUACCAACCAUCAGCGUCAAUACUUGGUGACAAAAGAGCAGCAACUUGCUAGCGAGGAAAUACUGGAAGGUUUUGCGACUAUUAUACAGUCCCAAAAACGUUUGAGAGAAUGGACUAACUAUGAUGAGGACAAUAUCCUCAAAAGAAUAUGUCACAGUAAGUAA